GCGGCCUAGUCUGCACAGACUGGCGAACUGAGCUCUGUACAUCAACAUUGAAUCAUUUAAUAUUAUCGAUUUAUUGAUCAGAUUUUUAAAAGCAUGGGGCAGGAGGAUAUGAUGAGCACGGCGGAGGACCUGGCGGAUCAGUUCCUCAGAGUGACGAAGCAGUACCUGCCACAUCUGGCGCGCUUGUGCCUUAUCAGCACGUUCUUGGAGGACGGCAUUCGCAUGUGGUUCCAGUGGAACGAGCAGAGGGACUACAUCGAGGCUACCUGGAGCUGUGGCUACUUCUUGGCAACGUGUUUUGUGCUGCUAAACCUUUUCGGACAGCUGGGAGGUUGUGUUCUUGUCCUCAGUAGAAAUCUUGUACAGUAUGCUUGCUUCGGAUUAUUUGGUAUUAUUGCGCUACAGACUGUUGCCUACAGUAUCUUAUGGGAUUUGAAGUUUUUGAUGAGAAACAUGGCUCUGGGCGGUGGGCUGCUCCUGCUCCUGGCCGAGUCGCGCUCAGAGGGGAAGAGCAUGUUUGCGGGCGUACCCUCCAUGGGCGAGAGCUCUCCGAAGCAGUACAUGCAGCUGGGUGGCCGUGUGCUCCUCGUCCUCAUGUUCAUGACUCUGCUGCACUUCGACGCCAGCUUCUUCUCGAUCCUACAGAACAUGGUGGGUACGGCCCUCAUCAUCCUGGUGGCUAUCGGCUUCAAGACCAAGCUGGCAGCUCUCACCUUGGUGGUGUGGCUCAUGGCCAUCAAUGUCUACUUCAAUGCCUUCUGGAUGAUCCCAGCCUACAAGCCCAUGCACGACUUCCUCAAGUACGACUUCUUUCAGACCACGUCGGUCAUCGGAGGCCUACUGCUAGUGGUAGCGCUCGGCCCGGGGGGCGUGUCCAUGGACGAAAAGAAAAAGGAGUGGUGAGGAGACCGUUGCCUCAGAAACGAAAUCCACCGCCCAGGACACGAGGACCCACAACAUUUCAAGAUCAACGUCCCAGUGCAACUUGGAGCCACCCCGAUUAUGUACAUGAGCUGCCUAGGUUUCUUGUUUAUUUUCAUUUCCUUAUUUCUUCCCCCUGUUGUUUUGGUUUUAUAAGUUCAGGAUGGCAAAGAUUUGAGUUUUUAGAAGCCCGGCUCUGCCAAAUAAAGGCUAAAAAUUAGAAAAUAACAUUUUCCUCCCCUCCCCAUGUUCCACGUUGUUCUUUAAUGUCAUCGUUACUCAUAAAAGUUGUUCUGUUGGGAGGUCCAUGUCGCUAGACGGUUUUUGUUUUCAGACACUUGAGAAAUCUGUGAAUGUGUACUCAACCAGACUCUAAACAGUCAUUAGUGCUUCGAGGUUGGACAUGCUGAGCAAUUUUCACACACAGCUGAUCAACAAAUCAGUUAACGAACAGUUUCCGUUCUAAAUAAUUGUUAUUCCCCAUCAUAUCAGUCAUCAUUGUGUUUAGGGUGCAACGGUCUUGUGUGAGUAACACCGUUUGUGGUUUAAAUGGGAAUGUUGUAGGUUAACUGCCAUUAAAACAGAAAAUCCACCAGCUUUAGACAGCUCGACGUGAGUGUCGGUCUGUUUCUCAUUUUUAUCGGAUCCUGGCGACAAACUUACCGUUCAUUCUACUCAGAUGGAACAUCUGUUCUUACACCUGAACUUCGUCUUAGUGUUGUUUUGCUGUCUGCAGCAACUCGUAUUCAUUUACAAAAGUUUAUAUUGUAUUUUUGUUUUGUUUUGUUUUGUUUUGUUUUCAGAUCAUGGCGGAGAAAAAUAAAAGCAAAAAAUAGAUCUUUAUUAUUCUACCUGA